AUGGGUUUGUUAAAAACUAAAGGAUAAAGUGUAUAGAAAUUGAUGGGAAUUAAAUUGAAUGAAGAAGUUUAGCCUAAUUAUUCAUUAAAGGUAAUAAAUUAAUUUAUUUUAGAAUAUCAUUCCUGAUUAAAAAGGAGAUAUUUUAAUGAUAAUAAAUUAUGAUUUGAGUACUACUGAAAGGUUGUUGAAAUAAUAAAUAAUAAAUUUAUGAUGAUGACAUAAGAGAUGGAGUAUAACAUAUUCAUUAUGAUAAUUUAUAGAAUAGAUAAACUACUUUAUGAUAUAAAAUUUAUAAAAUGUAAUAUAAAUAGGAAUUUAGUAUCUCAUUAGGACAGCUAGAGGAAGAUUUGAAUGGUGAUGAAAUAUCACCCUCUCGAUAAUUUGAUUCAUUUAAACUAAUCAAUUAAUUAUCUAUAAAAACAAAGGAUUCUGUGGAACAGAAAUUUAAGUAAAUCAAAAGAAGAUAAAAUCAUCAUAAAUCUGAUAUUCAUAGACCAACUUAACUUCAAUCAAUUGAUUAGAAAAAUAAUUAAACUGAAAAAAGAGGUGCAACUUAUGAAAGACUACCUAGUGAUUUACAAAUAGAUUCAUAAAUCAGAUAAGCUAAAAGAAAGAACAUUAAAGUUUCAGAGUAAUCUCUUAGUAGAAAUAAUUUAUUAGAAUCGAAUUCAUCAUCUUACAGUUCAAAAUUGGGUUCAAAAUAAAAUUGUGUAAAGGGAAUUUUGAAGAAGUAGACACUUGAUUCUUCAUUUUCUGAUAAUAACUCAAGGAGUAGUAGUAUAGGUAGUAAGAAAAGUGUUAAGUUUAAUUUAUCAAAGCCAGAUGUAAGAAUGGCAUUGAAUCAAUGGAAAUGA